AUCACAUUGACACACUCUUCGAGGUUACAUUUUUAGAUAUUGAGUUAAUUUUAACUCUUUCUGAACUGGUUAAACACUUUUUAACAUCUAUAGCUGAAUAUCUGAUGAUUUUUAAUUGAAAUUUGUGGCAUGUUAGUGUAGUUUUUAUUCGAGGAAGUGCCGGCUUGACGACCGCAGAAUGUGGACCGUAUGCGUGCCAGGAUGGGGUGCCGCCGUGGCUGCGGGAGCCCUACUUCUGUACGGCACCGUGGACGUUGCCUACUUUGCUAGGAUGAUGUACACCGUGGCUAAGGCCAGGUACUUCAGGAAGAAGGCCUGCAUUCUGGACACUACUGAGGUUCACUCGUGGUGUCUCCUUAACGACAUCGACACGUUACUCUACCAUAUGAACAACGCGCGUUACUUGCGAGAGUUGGACUUCGCACGAGCAGACUUCUAUGAGAGAACUGGUCUCUAUGCCAACAUCAAGGCGGCAGGCGGCGCUGUGGUGCAAGCAGCGGCUACCAUCAGAUACCGGCGGUACUUGAAACCGUUCACCAGGUUCACCAUUACUUCCAGGGCAAUAUACUGGGACGACAAGACAGUCUUCAUGGAGCACGAGUUCAUAGGCCCCGGCGGGUUCGUGCACGCGGUGGCGGUGUGCCGGCAGCGCGUCAUCGAUACGUCGGCGGCGGCCAUUGCUGAGUUGCUUCUUCAACUACACUGCGCUGGUGCAUGCAGGCCGGCUCCUGGGAAGAUGCCUCCUGAGCUGGAACUCUGGGUGCAAAGCAACGAGCUCAGUUCAGCCAAACUUCGCGCGACCAACGCCCCCCUCCCCACUCUCCAAUCCCACCCCCUCAGCUGCGGCGAGGUCAUUCCCACCUCGGUGACCGAGUGAGGGUACCCUCACUGCCCCAGCGAUCUCCGCUCUCGCACUCGCGCGUCCAACGCACGCGAGAGCGAGUGAGAUAGCACGAGGGUGUCCGCGCUAGGGCAGUGAGUUUUUUGUUAGUCGAAAUGUAGACGGCGACGCGAACGGUCGUGCUCUGUUAACUGUAUCGACAUCAAAGCUACAUAAAAUAACCAAGUGGCUUAUGUGUGACUUUAUAGGUGUUCUAAGCUCAAAGUACAAGGUCGUUUACAAAAUUACAAUAGUUAUCAAAGUGGGUACAAAGUCUUACAUCCUGGUUUUAUGAUGCCUUGAUUAGAUAGCUAGGUGGUGUAAUCAUUCGGUUAAUUU